AUGUUUUUACAAUCACGGCCGUACUCCUUCACUGACCUAACAAUGCUACCGUUAACUGACAAUUGGACAUCAGCUGCAAGCAUAUCUUGCGUAAAUACAGUAGUUAAUGCUGGCGUGGGUGCCAGUCUUUGGAAAGGGGCGUUGUGCCAGCCAGCCGUAUGGACUUGGAAGAGAGGCAUGCCCGAUUACCAGGGAGCGAGUGCCUGCCUGGGCGUGCGGAUGACGCCACCGCCCAGGCGAACAACGAAUAGGGGUGACGAAGACAAGCCAAGGCUAUGGCCCCAUCGCCACAUCUCAAAUAUGAAGUGGCUGAGAAUACGUGCCGAAGAAUAA